AUGAGGUUGUUCAUCGUUAUUUUCUGUGUUAUUGCUGCUGUAUUCUCAAGACCAGGCGGAUACGGCCGACCAUAUGGUGUAGGAGAUAUGGGACCACCAAUGGACUUCCAACAAGGCGGAUUCCCAUCACAACAGUUUAGCAGCGGUGGCUAUGGCGCACCAAUUGGCGGAGGCGGAUAUGCUGGGGGCGCAUACUUUCCCUUCGAUGUGCACUUCAAUCUCAAAACAGUGUUUGCUCCUUCGCUCAAAACUGCUCCAUUUUUAAUUUCUGCUUUGUCUCCACCAUAUCCAUAG